UGCUGAGGAUCCAGUUCGCUCACAUAUUUCAAAAGCCUUAAGAAGAGAUAGAAGGGUUUCUUAUCCAGCAUUAGUGUCUGAAUCUGGAAUCAUUUCUAUGGAAACUGGACGUCUUUUUAGACCUUAAAUUUAUUCUCAGGUAGUCAGGUUUAAACUCAGGUUCAGUUAUUCACUGGAAAUUCAAACAGACUCAGACAUUUAGAACAAACUAAGAACCUCGGUGCUGGAGGAAAUGUCUGCCGUGACUGCAUCACUCUGCUCAACUUUGCUGUUAGUCAACCUCUGCAUGUUUACCUCUGCAGACCGGAAAAUCAUCACAGCUGAGUCUGGACAGGACGUCACUCUAAUAUGUCGAGUUACAAACAACAACAUCAUAGGAGCUGUAAAGUGGACCAGACCAGGCCUGGAGACAGGAAAUGUCCUUUUGUACAACGAUGAUUACUUUGAUUCAUCCAACCAGCAUCCAUCUUUUAAGAACCGGGUGGAUCUGCAGGACAGACAGAUGAAGGAUGGAGACGUGUCUUUGAUUCUGAAGCAUGUGACGAUUAAUGACACUGGAACAUACGAGUGUCGUGUCUUCAUGGAAGAAACACGCUCAUGGGAGCUCAUCAGGAUCAUCUACCUGAGAGUUGUUCCUCCAGGUCAGCCAAGAGGAGUCACAGAGGAUGGAGGGAAGAAGGAAGAAGGGAAGAAGGAAGGAGGGAAGAAGGAUGAAUCUGUUGGACUAAACAAUCUACUUUUCCUGGUAGUUUCUGCUGUGCCCGUUGUUGUUAGUGGUAGUAUUACUGUUGUUGUUGGUAUUAUUUUUCUUCCUGUUUUUAUGAUGUGCAAAUAUUGUAAUGACAAGGGUUCAUACAAGGUACCUGAACGUGAUUACAUCUAGUGAUCAACUAUCCUACAUUCAUCGGCAGAUUAAUUUAGAUGUCAGACAUUCAGAAAACACAAACACUGUAUGUGAUGAUCUGGGUGUAGAUGAAGUUCUGUGGCUUAUAUGUGAUCAACAAUGUGCCUGAUAAUGUUCAGGAUUGAUCAGCUAUGACUGAAUGACAUUUGGGACAGUUUGGGAAUUAUAAGGGUCGUAUAAAGAAGUGUUGUUGUUUUUUUUAAAAAAAAUCUUGGUCUAAAAUAUGAACUCUGUGUGACAAUCCCCUCUUUAGGUGAAGGUUUUUUGUUUCCUUUUUUAGUGAAUAAGCUUGCAUAAUUGUUUCAGUCAGUCCAGUAAGGUUGAAUCUUAUAGAGUGUUUAAAGUGUUUUAUGAAAGUGAAGCUCCAUGUAGUUUCACACUGACACUUUUCUCUCUCUAAUCUCUUGAUAACCUCUUAUGUAACUUUUCUUACAAGAAAGCUAUAUAAUAAUUUAUAUUAUAAUUGCAGCAUUGCUUAAACUUUUCGUUUUCAAUUAAUAUUUACAUGUAAACCAAAUGAACGUCCUUUUUGUACAUAUUUUUGUGAUGUAUCGUGAUGUGAAAUCUUUUAUUUAUUUUUAAUGAGAAACUGAAGUGUAGCAGAGAUCUUUGUGAGCUUCUCCCUGUAAUAACCUGGUAACAACAAUAAAAAUAAGAACAAAAUGUUAAAGUGGAUCAAAGUAUGAAAGAUGACUCAAUUUUCAGCAAUAACUCUCAUCUGUUCUCUAGUUUUGUUUCUACUUUCUCCAGAAAAUGUUAUUUGCUGCAUUGAUUGACUUCAGAGAUGAUUCCUACUCAGAAAAAAGAAAGUGUUUAAGAAAUUUUCAUAACCAUUUAAGUUGGUUUUCCACUUCUUCUGGCGUGAAUAUGAAUAUAUUCUUCACUGCAGCAGCCUAGUAGGCGUGAGAAGCCAUUUUUGUUGAUUAAGUUUUCUCCUGUUUUUCAUUUAGAAAGUUAGCUAAGUGAAUUGUCUUUUGUUUGGUUUUCAUUUUGUGUAGGAAAGCGUAGGGACCAUAAGGGAGUUUUGUUUGUUAUUUUCGGCACUGCUCACUGCUGAAGCAAAUAAAUG